AUGACUCUCGUACGCGACGAACUCAUCCAAAUAGCAAGCACCAAUCCAAUCCUCACGACCAUCUGCACCCUCACAGCAUGCCUCACCAUCACAUUCCUCAUCAUCCAAGAAAUUUUCAAACCAGUCGGAAAGCGACGCGGAUCGGGAGGAAAAAAGUACAAUCUGCCCCCCGGUCCUCGCGGGGUACCAUUAUUUGGCAGUUUGCUGGAUCUGAAAGCGACGCUUCAUGACCAUGAACGGAUAUCUUCCCUAGCGCAAUACGGCGAGAUGACCACCGUCCACCUAGGCAGCAAAACGUUGAUACUCCUCAACACAAACCGGGUGGUUUCGGAAAUAAUCGCCAAACGAGGGUCGCUGACAAACGGGCGCUCACCAAUGCCCAUUGCCAGCGGAAUCGUCAGUCGACAUGGCCGAUCGCUCAUUCUACCACCGGCGCAAUGGACGGAGAAACGACGGGUGAUGCACUCGCUGCUCAGCGGGACGGCACUGAGGCAAUACGGUUCUUGGCAGGAGAUGGAGAGUAGUCAGUUACUGGCUGAGAUGUUGUAUCAGCCGAGACGGUGGUAUCGGCAUCACUACCGGUAUGCGAAUUCGGUGGUGCAUCGGAUUGCGCUGGGGGAGAGGCUGGUCAAGUCUGGUGAAGAACUGGCCGAGCUGCAAGACGUUGUGACGCGGUUUGUUGGGAGUAUCGGGACGAGUUUGGUCGACUGGUUCCCGGAAUUGGAUGGAUUGCCGCGGUGGAUGCAGGUUUGGAGGGGGUAUUGGGAGAGGCUAGGGGAGUGGAAUUACGAGGUCUAUCGGUCGUGGUGGGUGCCUGUUAGGGAGAAGAUUGAGGCUGGGACUGCGCCGCCGUCGUUUGUGCGGGAUACGCUGCUUCAUAAGGAUACGAGGUUCAAGGGGGAUGACCAGGAGGCGAUGUAUGUGGCGAUGCAGUUGAUUGAAGCGGGGAGUGAUACGACGCGGGAGGCGUUGAAUAUCUUCGCCAUGGCGGCGUUGUGUUAUCCGGAUGUGUUUCGACGGGCUCGCGAGGACGUGGACCGAGUGUGCGGAGAUGCGAUGAGAUUACCAGGACUGAACGAUAUGGAGGAACUGCCAUAUAUCUGCGCGAUGAUCAAGGAGUUGCUGCGAUGGAGGCCUAUCUUUCGGUUGACUCCAGACCACACCUUGACGACGGAUAUGGAGUUUGAGGGAUACAGUUUCCCGACCGGGACAGGGUUUGUGAUUAACGAGAUCCCCGUUUGCAAUGAGUGCGAGGAUCCAGAGGAGUUCAAGCCUGAGAGAUGGUUAGAUGGACACGAAGCCGAUGCUGCGCAUGGAUUGUGGCAGUUUGGAGGAGGACGUCGGAUCUGUGUUGGAUAUCGACUGGCACAACGGGGAUUGUUCAUCAAUAUGGCCCGGUUGGUGUAUUGCUUCGACUAUGAAGGAACUGGAGAAUACGACUCGAUGAAGCUGAACCACCAUCGAACUGACGAACCCUUUCCAGUAAAGGUGACGGUGCGAAGUGAGAAACACGCGAGUUUGAUCGAGAACGACGCUGCAGAACUGGGCGUAUUGGAACUGGCCAAGACAGAGAUAUAG